AGAGAUCCGCGAUUUCGGGGCUUGCAAGCAUCGUCAGAGGGGCGCAAAGCAGCGCUGCCCGCUUCCCUCCUCCUCCUCCUCCUCCGCCCCGUUAUCUCGUUUAAGGCUUGCUUUGCUUUUUUCUAAAAAAAAAGGACCGGGGAGGGAACCCAAAUCCCUCCAAGAACCUCCAACUCGUCCCGAAAGGCGGAGGCGGUUCGGCUUGAGGCUGCUCCGGCGGUGGAGAGGAAUCGGUGCGUGGGUUGCCGGUUUUUGGAAGUUUGCUCCCAUCGGAAAAGCCUAGUUUUGGGUUUUGGAAUAAACUUUUUAAAACAUUUUUUUUAAAUGUUUGGGAUCCAAGAUACGUUAGGAAGAGGGCCGAUCCUGAAGGACAAGGUGCUGGGGUCGGAGAUGGAUCCGGUCCGCUCCUGGGUCAGGAACGUUGGUGUGGUGGAUGCCAACGUCGCCGCUCAAAGCGGCGUGGCUUUGUCUCGAGCCCACUUCGAAAAACAGCCUCCUUCCAACUUGAGGAAAUCCAACUUUUUCCACUUCGUCUUGGCUCUCUACGACCGGCAGGGUCAGCCCGUGGAAAUCGAGCGGACGGCUUUCGUGGACUUCGUGGAAAACGACAAAGAGCAAGGCAAUGAAAAAACAAAUAAUGGGACUCACUACAAAUUGCAGCUUCUGUACAGCAAUGGAGUAAGACCAGAGAAGGAUGCUUAUAUACUAAAAAUCAUUGUGAGUUUAAAUUUUAAAGUUUAAAUCCCUCCAAAACAAUUAUGUAGCCCUAUAUGUUAUAAUUACUGAAUUCUUUUCCUUUUGUGCUAUUUCCUCCUCAGCCGCUGCUGUGAAAAGAAGAGCUGCGGAAACCGUAACGAGACUCCCUCAGAUCCCGUGAUCAUUGAUAGAUUCUUCUUAAAAUUCUUCCUCAAGUGCAACCAGAACUGUUUGAAGACCGCCGGAAACCCCCGAGAUAUGCGACGAUUCCAGGUUGUGUUAUCAACAACAGUGAAUGUUGAUGGGCAUGUCCUGGCAGUAUCAGACAAUAUGUUUGUUCACAACAACUCAAAACAUGGGCGAAGAGCAAGGAGACUUGAUCCUUCAGAAGCCACUCCGUGCAUCAAAGCUAUUAGUCCAAGUGAAGGCUGGACCACUGGUGGAGCCAUGGUGAUCAUUAUAGGGGACAACUUUUUUGAUGGGCUUCAAGUCGUAUUUGGGACCAUGCUUGUGUGGAGUGAGCUAAUCACCCCACAUGCCAUCCGUGUCCAAACACCUCCUCGUCACAUCCCUGGUGUGGUUGAAGUAACAUUAUCGUACAAAUCCAAACAAUUUUGCAAAGGAGCUCCUGGUAGAUUUAUUUAUACAGCUUUAAAUGAGCCAACCAUAGAUUAUGGUUUCCAAAGACUCCAGAAGGUCAUCCCAAGACAUCCAGGUGAUCCAGAACGACUAGCAAAGGAGAUGCUGUUGAAGCGAGCAGCCGACCUGGUUGAAGCACUGUAUGGGACACCACAUAACAAUCAGGACAUUAUUCUGAAGCGAGCUGCUGAUAUUGCGGAAGCUCUCUACAGCGUCCCAAGAAACCCAGGUCAGAUCCCUGCUUUGUCCAGCUCUCCUGCUCACAGUGCCAUGAUGGGCAUCAACUCCUAUGGCAGCCAGCUGGGAGUCAGCAUCUCUGAGUCCACACAAGGGAACAAUCAAGGCUACAUCCGCAACACAAGCAGCAUAUCCCCACGAGGUUAUUCCUCCAGCACGACCCCUCAGCAGUCUAAUUACAGCACCCCCAGUAACAGCAUGAACGGCUACAGCAACGUCCCCAUGUCCAACCUGGCUGUUCCCAGUUCACCUGGAUUUAUUAAUGGUUCUCCCACAGGAUCGCCCUAUGGCUUGAUGUCUUCAAGUCCCACAGUUGGUUCUUCAAGCAGUUCCUCCAUCCUUCCAUUCUCCUCCUCUGUCUUUCCUGCUGUCAAACAAAAGAGUGCCUUUGCUCCUGUCAUCCGACCCCAGGGGUCCCCUUCCCCAGCGUGCUCCACUGGCAAUGGAAAUGGGUUUAGAGCCAUGACUGGUCUUGUUGUACCUCCAAUGUGAAAGAAGAGAAGGCAUUGCUGGGAUUUCUUCCCUGCCUCCCGCCCCCUCCUUUUUUUUUCUACAGCACAAAACUACUUAUUUGUUAUGGAACUUUAAAAAAAAACAUGAAGCACUAGAAGCUCAGUUGAUGGGGGAAGCCAUGUGCCAGAAGGAACGGAAAUUUUAUAGCGUCGUUAAGAGGCUGUUGCAAGUUGAAGACAUCAAUACUCAAGAACAUUUUUUUUAAAAAAAGAAAAGAAAAAUAGGAAUCGGCCAAGAUCCAGAUUGGGAUUGUAUAUGGAGCACAAGCUUUUUGUUCCCUUUUUGUUUUCUUUCCCUGUGGACUCAAAACCUUCCUAAUGUUUAUAGAAUAUUAAAAGAAGGGACAGGUUGGCCAACCAUUCGAGCUUGAUAUUUUCGAUACUCUUUGUUUUACUUUGUAGGAAAAAAAAAGUUGAAGUUUCUAUUUUCUAUGGAGCCUUUCAGAUACCAAUUUAGUUUAUGCAGAAAAAAAAAGAAAUCUCAAAACAGGGUACCAGCAUGAGGGACUUUCCUAUAAAAACCGAUAUGCUGAUAUGAGUGGUGGAAUGUUGGAUAUGUGUGUGUGUGUGUGUAUUGACUUAUAGUUUAAUCUCUUUUCAGAUGAAAAAAAUGUAAGAUGUUUUACAAUUAUUUAAAUAAAUAAACUUGUAAGUUAUUGUAUGUAGAGGUAGAUAUUGAAGACUUCGGGGGGGGACUUCUUUUUUUUUCUCCUAUUGUACAAUGAAAAUUGGCAAAAAAAUGCAGCAACAAUUUCUUAACGCUACAACUUCUAUUCAGUUCUCUCCUGCUCUUGAUGGGAAGCCCUUACAGAAAUGUCUCAGAAUUCUUCACCAAGGACUCAUCCACAAGCCUUUUUAUACACACAAUGCUAUAUAUAUAUAUAUACAUAUAUAAAUAUAUACAUAUAUCUCUCUAUAUAUUAAAAUAUAGGACCAUCGUUAAUGUAUGAAUAUUAUACACUUUCUCAUGUCUUGAUUUGAUUAAGGUUUCAGGGGUGUGACUUGUUUACUUUCAUACCUCCCCUCGGUAACUACGUGGCAUUUGUGAUGUCUCACAUCAGGUUUUUGCGUCAAAUCCGCGUCAUUUUUCAGGUUGCAAUUUGAGCAAGAGGGAACCAUGAGGCCAGGUUUUUUUAAAAAAAAACCCCCCCCCCCAAGUUGGUUGCUUUUCAGGAAAUAUUUUGCCUAAUUUUUGAAUAUAUAGCAAAAAUCAUGUUGUGUUGCAAAAAGAACGUUGAUACCUACCUAUGAGAGAAAAUAC